AUGGACGAAUCCGAAUUAGAAUCGCAAGAAAUCGGAAAAAUAUUGGAUAUUAAAAUUCCGAAUACAUUCAUCAAUGUACUGAAAGCCAAUGGUAUCUUCGACGGAAAAAUUUUGGCAGGUCUGACCACAGACGAUAUUAAAGGAAUGGAAACAUACAUGAGAGAAGUCCUUCUAUAUGUAUUACCAAAAGAAGAACUUGUUCUUUAUUACGGAAUUUUUUCCCACAAGCCAGAAAUAUUCCAAUUCACAAUUGGAGACCGAAAAAUUCUCGAACUAUUACAAACAUAUUUCAAUAAGAAGUAUAGUAAAGGCGAUAUUAAUAUUUCGAAAAAUAUCGAAAAAGAAACAAAUGAUUCGUUAGCUCUUCAAAAAAAAAAUAUCAGUCAGAAGAAACAAGAAAAUUCAGGAGAGAACAGUAACGAGUUGCUGGAGUCUACUACAGAAAAAGAAGAAUUAGCCGUGAAGAAUAUCUUACAUAAUUGGUUGAGGAAUAAAUGCACGGACAGUCAGUGGGCUAUUAUCAGUAAAAAAUUAGAGAAUAUAAAAUUUUCGUUCCAGACUGACUCAUCUGCUUGCGUUUUCUGCAGGAUUUCUUGUUAUUGCAAAAAUGAUAACGUAUUUACUGUUUAUAAACAAUCUCAGUCGAACACAUAUCGUAAACGUUGGAUACUUGGAAAUUUUUACCGGCAUAUGAUGAACAAACAUUUGUCGAAUUUAUCAAGAUCUAAGGUCAUUCGUAAAACAAAAGCUUCAGAUUCUGUAGAUGAUGAUAUGGAACCGAGUUUGGAACCAAAAAAAUUUAAUAGAUCUAACACACUUCUGAAUUACGUUCAAGUAUCAAAGAAACGGAGAACCAACGAAGACAUUUUCAAGGAGGAUUCCACUUCUGAGAUCAGUAUCAUUGAUGAUAUUGAAGGGAGCACAAAAAUUUCGGACAAUGAAGAUAAUGUUACUUUUCUAAACAGAUGUAGUGAUGCAGUUCCAGAAAGAGAAAAGCCAGAUAUCUGCAUUCUCAGCGAUGAGCUUCUCCGAGGACCAAUCUCUGCCACCUCCACAAAUGAAUCAAAGUCAUCGCUUGAAUUAUCUCCUACAGAUGGAAUUUUUGUUCAUCCGUAUUCAGAAACAGAUAAGGAGAAUAUAAGCCCAACUCAUAAUAGGUUGCGAGAAGAUCCUACCAUUUCAAAGGAGUUUGAAGAUUUUGGGGAAAAUGGCAUUUCGAAAUGGAAGUCGGAGAAGUAUCAAAGGAAAGAAAGAUCUCGUAGAAAGCGAGAAAAGCUAAACGAGAAUCAGCAUCUGAUAACAGAUUAUUAUCCAAUGAUCAUAAACACGAUAGAGUAUUUGAUAAAAAAUGAGCCAGAUAUAACUGUUGAAUACCUUAAUAUUUUGAUAUCGUGUAAUAGAGAUUUAGUACAACAACCAAAUAGUUCUGGAAUGGAAAUGAACAAGUUUUUACAAAUCCUUUGUGACAUUUGUAAAACCAAUUCAUCAACAUCAAAAAACAAAUAUAAUUACUCCAUCAAACAGUUUGCUUUAUAUAUGUAUUAUAUCGGUGGCCGGGUUUUCUACGAAACGAUUCAUGCCAAUUUGAAAAACGUAGUGCCUUCCAUCACCACUCUGAACAGAUAUGUACGUAAUGAUAAAAAAUAUAUUAGCGAAGGUGAUUUCGAUUUUGACGGAUUGGCUAAAUUUAUUGAGGAACGAAAGCUGGCAAAAUAUGUAUGGAUAGCCGAAGAUUGCACCAGAAUAAAUGGAAAAAUAGAAUACAACCAGAGGAAUAAUAAAAUAAUGGGGUUCUCACUGCCAUUAUCUAAUGGUAUACCAGAUAUCAAUACCUUUACCGCUACUUCUGGCGAAAUCAUACAGUCAUAUUUCAAUGAAGCAACGAAAGCACACUAUGCCUGUGUAAUAAUGGCACAGCCGUUGAUGAUGAAUUCCCCGGCUUAUUGCCUUUCAAUUUUUUGUACAGAUAAUAAGUUCAGAGCAGAGGAUGUCUCUCAGCGCUGGGCUUUUAUCAAACAAAGUCUUUUCGAACUAGGAGUUACUGUAUUGGGAUUUUCUAGUGACGGCGAUACUCGGUAUUUCAAAACUAUGAGGAUUGAAUCUGAACUACCACUUCCUCCAGAUAGGAGAUAUUUAUCGCAGUGA